AUGUCAGCAAUAGAUAGACUACAAAAAUGUUUACAAGAACUUGCGAAUUGUCGUCAGAGGAUAAUACAAAAUGUGAAAAGUAAUCUUUUCUUUGACAGCGCUAGCGAGGCUAUUCGAUAUUGUGAAGAUAUUGAACAAAUAACAUUAAAUGAUAUUGACGUUCAAGAACUUGGUCUCGCGUCAAAAUUUCUAUUUGAUUCGAAAACAGGAAUAAUUAAAUUUUUAGUAGACACUGCCCAAAUAAUUGAUUCUACGCUUUCGAAAGCAAAGAUUGCUCUUUUAGAAUUUCUAUUUCUUUAUAUCCAAAAAGUAAGAUCUGAUAUAGGGCCGUAUUCAAUCAAAAUUAAGGACGCGUGUUUCACACUUCAAAAUAAUGACGAGGCUGUUGUACGAGCUGCUUCUUUUAAACCAAUGGUUGCAAUGCUGGAUUCAACUGUACGAAUAAUUAAUCCUGAAAAAAUGCAUAUUGAGGAUAUACUCCAUCGAUAUCUAGAUUAUAUUUUCGUUCAGAGUAAAAAGCAACAAAGUGUUAAAGUCAUGGCAGAAUGUCUUACCACGUUGGGCAUAAUCGUAUAUAGAUUUCCUGAACAUUCCGAACAAAAUCGCGAUAAAAUUUUACGUGUUUUCUUAAACAAGUUAAAAGAUCCGAAUCAUUCAAAUGCAGCAUUUAAAGGCUUACAUUAUUUUUUAUUUAGUUUUCCUGAUUCGUUACAAAAAGUUCAUCAAGAGGAAUAUGUAUUUCAAUGCAUUUUAAGAAGUACUACUAUGGUCGAAAACGAAAGUCAUUAUGAUAUAGCAAAGACUGGAUUUGAUUAUAUAUCUGAUCAUUCAAGUAUAUUUGAGAAUUACUACUUGAAGCAUUAUCGUGAGGUGUGGGAAUGUCUUUGGAAAUGUCGUGAUCACAAAAAUCCAGACAUUGCCGCUUUAUUGAAUUCAAAUUAUAUUGGUCAGCAUGAAAAACAAUGCGUGGAGUUCUUUUUAUCGAUAUUUGUAAACAUAUGGAAGACUAGUAACAUUGAUCAAAAGCAGGAGGUAGAAUCAAAGGACCAGCAAACAAAAGAUCUUUCUAUUGCUGUUCGAGGUGUCGGAUAUUUUGCUGCUCCUGCAAAAAAGUUUAUGGAAGGAGGUAGAUUACAACAAUUAUUCCAGGAUCUGCUUAAACCAAGUUCAUGGGUAGUUUCAAGUAUGGGCUAUAAAGAGACUUCUUUGAAUGUUCAACAAAUACCAUUGUUCGUUGAAGCGUAUUGUUAUAUCGGGCAUGAAUUUGAUGUUAUUUUCGAUGAAUUGAUGGAGGUUAUUGAACGUGAAGUGGGAUUAAUGCUUAUGUAUUACCCACGUUUAAUAUCCGAAUUACGUCUUAGAAGUGCAAAUGCUUAUGAACAAUUAUUAUGGAUGUUAUAUAUGAAAGGACAGGGUGUUUUACAAAAAUUUGUUGCCAAAUCAUAUGCAAUUCAACAUAAAAGUCAGGCUGAUAUUCAAGAAAAUAUUCCUGGAAUUAUUGAUACCGUCACUGAACAUACGUAUCAAGAAAUGUUCAAUUUUUGGGAGCAUAUUUUUAAAGAUUCAACCUUAACAUGGGUUAUUCGACAAAGUGGUCUUUCAUCUGAAGAACCUCAAAAUAAUGAUACUAUUAAAGAAUUUUUUUCUGUACUUUAUGACGAAUUUCUUUCUGUUGUAUUUCGCUUAAUUAGAACUUUAAAUUUCGAUGUUAUAGAUGUAACAUCUAAUGAUACAGUACAAACUACUGAAUCUGGCUCUGAUAGUGUUGAAAAAAAUACGGACUCUAAUUUAAUAGCAAUUGCAGGCUCUGGAGAUCUAGAUAAUUUAAAACCAGUUGUUUCUAAAGAUUUUGUACUUUUUCAAAAUCUUGUAGAUUUCUGGAAGUUAUUUUUGCCAAGGGUCAGACACGAUCUGUUUUCGAGGUGGGUUUAUCUUUCAGGUGAUACCUUGAUAACAUUUUCAACGCAGUAUCCCUAUGUUAGCGGUUUCUACAAGAUGCUGGGGUCAUGUAUGAAGGUGUGCGAAAAUAUAAAGUUUUUUGAUGGUAUUAAAAAAAUAAAUAAUGAGACCGCGAUUCACAGCAUGCAUGAUCAAUUAUCUCCUUCUGCGACUUCAUUACAACGUGCGAGUUACUUUCUUUUCACAAAAUUCCUCAAAGAAGUUUGCGUUCGACUUGACCAAUAUAAAGACGAUCUACUUGCUUCAUGCCUUGAUCUUGUUCUCUCGGCUCCUAGAGAGCUUUGUCAUAUGGAUAUUCUUAUAUCACCAAUACGUAUUGCUUUGAAAUUGGGACAAAGUUAUCAACCACUUGCGAAUAUUGGUUUAAAUGCAAUUGAAAAUUUAUUGGAUAUGAAAGAUUCUCAAAAUAUUAAUAAAUUACUUGGGCAAAUAUUACCACUUUUGAACGAUUAUUUGUUGGUUACUGCUGACACAAUAGACAAUUCUCUUAAAGAAAUUGCUCAAGUUCGUGCAGAUGCACAAUCAUUAACACGUGGAGGUAAAACUGUAGAGCAAGCCAGAAAACAGAAAAUAAGAGCUGUGGAUAAAAAUAAAAAAAGAACUACAGCUGUUGGGGCUGGUCAUUUAAAGAAAAAUGCUGGAUUACAUAAUUUACAAGUACGCAUUCUUCGAAUACUUGGAAGACUCGGUGGAAUUAGUAAAUUGAUUUUUGAACGCAUUGUUGAUAGUGAGGCAAUAAAUCGAACAAAUCAACAACAAAAAAUUCAUGGCUUUAAAGAUCAAAAUUCUUCAAACAAUCUUUUGGCUUGGGAUCCAGAUAAAAAAUUAACAUUUAAUAUUCCAUAUCCGGAUACCAGUGUGGAAAUCUCAAUCGAUGAAUUCCUUCCACGUAUUGUUGAGCUAGCCGAAUCCGCACCUGAUCGAAAAACCAAAGUUUUUGCCUGCGAACUUUUACAUUCUAUUAUGUUGCUUAUGAUUGGAAGGAGUGCGUUUCAAGCUCGCAGUACAGCGGGACCACAAAAGAGUCCAUUUUAUCGUAUAUAUCGCCGAAUAUUUCCAGCACUUUUGCGUUUGGCUAUUGAUACAGAUCAAGUUCCAAGAAAACUAUUUCGUCGUCUUGUAGCACAAAUGAUACAUUGGUUUACAAACAAUGCGCAAUAUGAGAACCCGGAAACUAUUGCGCUAUUACAAUGCUGUCUUGAUGCUAUAUGUGAUACUUGGGGUUCAUUACGAGAUUAUGGCGCAGAAUGCCUUAAUGAGUUCUUGUUAUGGUCAAUUAAACAAUCAUCAGCUCAGCAAAUGGAUGAAAAUCCGAUGAAUAUAAAGUCAUUAUUGAAACGUCUAUAUAAUCUUUCCGCACAUCCUGAUUAUACUAAGCGUCUUGGCGCUUCACUUGCUGUUAAUCAUAUAUAUCGUGUAUAUCGUGAAGAAGAGCCAUUGAUUGAUCAAUUCACAUUUGAAUUAUUAUAUUGGAUUUUAUUCAAUUUGAAACUUUCUGAUCAAGAUCAAGAUGCUAUCGGUACACGACAACAAGCUAUCUCGGCGAUUAGACAUUUGAAAAAAAUAAUUAUUGUUAGAUCAGAUCUGUUUAUAAAUGAAACAGAUACUCGGCGCAAGUUUCCUAAUCUUGAUAAAGCUGACUUAUCGUCUUUGGUUAAAUGGCUAUUUAAUGAAACUUAUAAAUUAGAACGUGAUUAUGCAAACAUGUGUAGAGAAUUAUUUUCUGAAUUUGUGGUGUUCCUAACAGAAUUUAAAAGUGGCUCUCGAUGGGUUUCAUAUGAACUUUCUAAAGAUCCAUUAUUUCUGGCAAAUCUUUAUAAAACAGCAACUCUAUCUUCAUUACCUUCUCAGCACCAUAGUGUGGCUUCUCCAAAAACUAAAGGAUGGUGUUUACGUUUUUUGUGCGUUUUGGAGAAUUAUACGUGGCUGAUAAGAGAAAAAUUCGUGACACCACUGGUAUUAAUUGAAAAUGAACGUUCAAUUUUUCAACAAGCAAUUGACUAUUUUUUAGAAAAAAUGGUGUUAAAUGUUGAUUCUAGUCAUUCAAAUGAUAUAAUGGACGUUGAUAAUGAAAAUAGCUUUAGUUCAUCGAUUAAUUCGGAAAACAUUUUAACUCCUGGUGAAAGACUUCAAUGGUUGAAUCGUGAAGCACGAAUGGUUGAUCGUUUAGUAGAUUUUGUCAUUGCUAUACUUGAAUAUACUAACAAUAAUGAUAUACAAAAUGUAUGGAAUACGAACAUUUUCAGUAAUUUAUUUUUUAAGACAAUAGCCAGAUCUUUAUUCUAUUUCGAAAGUUUGGGAUUGAAUUUGUUAUAUAGUGGUGGAAAUGAACGUGAUAAAUUUACAGAAAAAUUGGAGAAUUUACUGACCUUGUGGAAAAAACGAUCAAGUCCUGAUGAUAUUCAGCGAACUCCAAUGUUUAAAGAAAUUGCCGAAAUUGCGUUUUCAGAUGAUGUUGAUUUACUUUGUAUUGAAAUAGAAAAAUCAGAUCCUGCUAGUUACAUUUAUAUCACGGAUGGUUUUAAAAUUUUGACUACAACAGAGAUUUUCCCAGAACUGUUUGCUUAUAUGCCAUCACAUGUAAUUCGCCAUAAUACUCUACAUGAAUAUACAGUAUUGAUAUGGGAAAAAUUCAAAUCUCUUAGGAAUGUUCAGGAGCCUGUUUGGAUUGACCUUGCAAGUCAUUUGCUUACAUUUGUUUUGAGCAAUAAUCCCGAUGCUUUAAAUCGAUGGCUUCUCAGUGAUAUCUUGGGGUUUCCCAGUCAUAGCUCUCAUGUGAGUUAUCAUGAUGGUAGCCUAUAUUAUCAAAAAUUUUCAUCAAGCAUCAAUGAACACAUCUCUCGUAAUUUCGAAGGAUUUGCUGUUAUGUUUUGUGAGAGUAUUAAUGAUACUAUAGUAAAGGAUGUCAUUUGGGGAGUAAUUGAUUAUCUAUCCUUCAGGAAAAAUCCUAAACAGAUAUCAUCGUUUUUGAAAGAUUUCACUUCGUCAUCGCAUUUCUUGAGUCAGCUUUCGAAAGGCCAACGUUUCUUAUUGAAAUUAUGGAAGGGACUUAUAAAGCUGGACCGAAAUUUAUUAAGGCAUCCGAUUUCAGAUGACUUUAAGCAAUUAUUCUUUAAUACAUACGUAUCGUUCCUGGGAAAGAAUAUAGAACUUGAUUUUAAGUCUGAAGCUUUAGACAUUUUGCCAAUAUUUAUUAAAUCUGACAUGCAAAUUGAAAAGAUUGAAUCAUGUAUUUCAGAGAUUUUGAAUAACCAAUUUCCUUUAUGGUCAUCAGAUUACAAGUCUGGCGGGCCCAGAAAGUAUCCUUUUGAUUCAGACACUGAUCAUAUGAAUGUAUCCGUAAGACUAGAUGAAUAUAUUUCAGUACUUGAUGGAUUACUUAAAGCAAUGGUGCGAUCGAGUAGUGUUAGCCUUUUUAAAAUUUUAGUUCCUAUCUUUGUCCGUGAGAAUGAUCAUAUUUAUAGUGAAGAGUUUUAUCGCAAAUUGGGUGAAUUUGUUUCUAAUCUUCCUCGUUCUAAGUUUGUUGAAACCUUGGAAAUAGCUUUUGGAUAUUUCAUGGAUUCAAAAUUUGCUAAUUUUCAUAGAAACAUAAUUCAAUCAAUCCUAAGUCCUACAUUAAUGCAAGGAACCAGGAUAUUUGUUGUAGAGUUUUACAAAAGGCACAUUAGAGAGUUAAUUAAAAUUAUUGAACAGGAUAUACAUCCAAGAACUGAUUCUGAAAUAAUCUAUGAACUUGAUGCCAAAGCUGGAUCAUUUACUUUAUUACAAAUAUCCUUUAUUGUUUUUGAUACAGACGAUAUUUAUUCGGAAAAGGGUGAAAUUGUUCAAAGUUAUUUUGAAGGAAGAAUUUCAAAGGCAAAAGAACUUACUCGUAUAAUAAUGGACUUUGCACAUAAAAUCAAGUCAAAGAGUGAUAACGAUGAAUAUUCUAAUGAAUCAGUUGUAGAAGCUAAACUGCUACUUAGAUGUGCCGCGUAUAAUGCUCUUGCAGCUGCUAUUUUGUGCACUCAAGAUAACACUGCCAAAAAUACUCCAGUUUUCUAUAAGACAUUUUUAUUUGCUGAUAAUAUUCUCAAAGGAGAAUUUGUAUGGGAAAAUAUUGUUGAUUUGAAGACAAAACAUCAUUUCAGUGCAGACUCAGAGCAACCAUUUUUUAAGACUAAGCUUGACGAUUUUAGAACAAGAACUGGAGGUUUAUCUAAUGAGACAAAAAGUCCCAAUAAUUUAAAAUAUCUUGCAUCACAAUAUUUGGCAGAUUCUAGUGUUUCACAGAAUGCCAAUCUUGAUAGCAUGAUAGAAGAAAUUACUCAAGAAUUUGAUGCGAAUGUACAAAUAGAAAAUAAUGGUUCGGCUCCAAUGGAAGUCGAUGAGCUAGAAAAGACUUUGGAAUUAGAGAUUGACUCGUUUAAUCGCAAUCCUUGUAUGAAAAUGAUUAUCAGAGUAAUUGAACGACUUCACACUGAAAUCACACCACCAAAUACUUCCGAAUCGACACCCAUAUGGAUGAAUGAUUUACAUAAAAAAUUCAAUAAAAAAGAGACACAUCUAAACAUACGCCUAUUUAUUGCUAAAAUUAUUAUCAAUAUUCCUGAAGCGUUUGAAAAGUACGCUUCAAUUUGGAUUCGGCGGUUAAUGCAAUUGAUAAUUGAAGGGGACAUGUAUGGAAAGGGAAUUAACUAUUUUAUUCAGGACCUUUGCGCUAUAAUAAUUGUUUGGAGUUCCUUCGAAACAUUGGGAUCUUUUGAAGAUAAAGUUUUAAUCUAUAAAUUAAUGGAUUUUUUGAUGAGAAAUGCAUGUAGCGAAAAUCGUGCAGUCCUUCGUAAUAAUCUUCAAGCAAUUAAGGGGAUGUUUGAAGCAUGGCCUGAGAUCAUUGUUGUACCAACACAAGUUAUAUAUGACUAUUUUAGUAGUUCAGACGAAAACCUAAUUAUUACCGGUUUACAAUUAUAUGGAAUCGCAUUAACACAUGAUAAGUCCCUGUUUCAGCAAGAUGUUGGGGUUGACUUUGGUGCUUUGACGGAAGAUAAAUUUUAUUGGGAUCUUACUAGAAAACUAGAUCAUGAAAAAAGCAAUAUACGUUCUCUUGCUGCUGAAGUGUGUGGUAUGGCAUUGAGAAAUUUACGGAAAUACCACUGCUCUGAUGACAAGCUUGGAUAUUUGCUUAAUCCUAUUAUGGAAAAGGUCACUACUUUCUACAAAAAAAUCACAAAUCGACCAACAGACCUCAACACAUUUCUUACUUGCAUACAUCAUAUUUCGAUGCAUGAUCGGCCUACAUCAGAGAAAUUUUUAAAAUAUGCUUUCAAUCUUUUGCCACGUCUAAAUAGUCUCAAUGUUAAGAAAAUUCUUGCUUUGGAGGUCAUUUCAUAUUGCGCUGAGAGCGAUUCAGAUUUGCUUACAAAUUUGGGAAAAAGUCAGCUUCUUGCUUUACUUAGACAUAGGAGUGAUAAUGAACAAUUAGUAGCAUUACGAAUUUUGAAUGGUGUACUGCUCCAAGGAGAUGAAACUUUAAUAGAUUAUUUCUUGGACCCAUUAAUUGAAAGUUUCAGGGAUCACCCUAAUAUAGAUUGUCGAGAAUCAUUUUAUGGCAUCUUGAUUCAGUUAUAUAAAAAAACAUCAGAAGAAAGUAACGUUAAGCAAAAGUUGAAAGUUAGUUUGUUAAGAGGGUUAGCAGAUUUAGAUGAAAAUAUACAACAAACAUUGACAGUAUUUUGGAAGGAUCAACAAGAGCUUUCUCAAGAUACGUUUACUUUAUUAAGAGAACUUGUUGGAAAUCUGUAUUGCUCUGAAAUAGAGACACUCUUUUUACAAUAUUCAUGCUUUUUAUUGCUCGAAGGAUCAAAGAAGAGCAUAGAUUAUAAGAAACCUAUAUUUGAUCAACCUUUGCCUCAAUCCAAUUUUGAUGAUAGUUAUGACAAUAUCGAUACUUCAUGGCGAGUGAGUAAUACUAUGACGCCUCUUUUCGUUAACACACAAAAAAACAAUCCAAAGGCUAAUUAUAAACGAAACAUUCAAGAGGGAUUUGUUCGAGCGACAAAUAAAAAUUAUGCAUUCAGCUUGACAGUUGAUCCAAUGAACUAUGAUAUUGGCUCUCAAUUAACAACUUGGACAUUUACGCAAUCAAAUUUGUUGUUUCCUAUCGGAAAUGCUCCUGUAUUGGGCAAAAGAAAACAGGAUAUCCAAGGCGACACAGACAAAACUUCAAACUCUCAGUAUCAGAAACUACGGAGACGGUUUUUACCGACAUAUUCUGGAACUCAGCAAGAAUAUUAUAAGAAUUUAGCAUAUACGAAGAAAAAAAGAAACGAAAUAUAUAGUUCAAUUAGACCAGAUACUGUUUCAAAACAAGUUUCAAUGUUGCGUCAAUAUCGAGUUGGUGAACUUCCUGAUAUCGAAAUUAAACAUAGUGAUAUUAUCGGUCCAUUACAAGCUUUGGCGCAUAGGGACUUAGAUAUUUCUCGCAUUUUGUUUUCUACAUUAUUUGUUUCUAUUUAUGAUGCCACCAGAGACGAUACAAGCAUGGAUACUAAUGAACAAAUUAAUUACACAAACUCGAUGUCACAAAAUUUCCAGACCAUUUUCAACGCAACAACAUCAUAUUUUCCACCUUUAAUUAGUAGUUGCCUACGAAUAUGUUAUGAAAUUCCCGAUAUCAAAAUUGAUCCUUUUGCCAUUCGAAAGGCUAGUGAAAUUAGUUCUACAGAAUCAAUGGGUAUAGGGUUAAUUGAACAACAUCUAACGCGUAUCACUACUCAAAGGGGACCCAAGAGAGCACGUAUUACAAAUACUGGUCUCGUCGCCGAAAGUAAGCGACCAUGGAUAGAGUUAGCACAUCUUUAUAAAUCAAUCGAUAGUAGUGAUGUGUAUAAGAGCAUAUAUGAAAAUUAUAUUGCUCACAAUCAGUAUACCAAGAAUGCUCUUAACGCUGAAUUAAUAGGUGAUUAUGCAUCAGCGUGUGAAUUUUAUUUGCAAGCAUUAAGCGAGGUAGAAGAUGCUGAUGAUGCUGAGGUCACAAUUUGGGAAGAAGGCAGAUUUGAAUGUUUCGAAAAAUUAUCAAAAUGGGACGACUUGGUCGAAACUGUAUAUGUGGAUAUUGAUUCAGAUUUGGAUAGGCUUUGGGAUCAAGAGUUUCAGUAUCCGUAUCUUCAAUAUUUCAUGCACAGUUUGUUCAAAUUAGUGCAUGGCCAAAAUGAUGCUAGUUACUGUGACAUCUUUUUUAAUUUCAUUGAUCGCUCUUUAUCUGACCAAGAUCGCAAAUCUUUCUUAACUGCCCAAUAUCCGAUUGAACUCGCGUUAACAUCAAUAACGCGUAAUGAUACAGAUCAAGCGCUUUUUUAUAUUAGAAAAGCAUAUGAUAAUUUCUUGUUUACAUGGUCUACUUUGCAUCCGUUAGCAUCUAGCACGCGAUUGAGUAAGCUUAGUUCUUUGCAACAGAUUGUUGAGAUGGAAGAGUAUUUGAAUUUGUCCCAAUCAUCUGAGAAAUCAGAAAAAUGGGAAAAGCUGAUUAGUCAAUGGAAGAACAGGUAUCCAUCAAAACGGCUUGAUCCUAGCAAUAGUUGGGAUGAUAUAAUAACAAGUCGUCACUCGCUCCUUGGUUCAAUGACAAAAUUACUACAAGGAGAUAUGCACUUCGAUGAGGUUAAAAGUUCACUGGAACGUGAUGGCUUACUUAAAAUGGCAUCUGCGGCAAGAGUUCAAGGCAAUUUUGAAGUUGCCCGGGUUUGUCUCAACAAAACAAGGCAAUCUAAACUUUGUGACAAUAAUGAACUGGCUUAUCAUCAAUUGAAACUUAAUCUUCAAGAAGCUUUGACCAUCGUUAACCUUGAAAAAAAAUUAAGUAUCUUGGUAGCGAUGACUGAUGAAUUUAAAAAAGUGCAGAUUAUGGAUGUAGAAACUAAUAUGAAAAAUCGUGUGAUUGAAAGCGAAACGUAUUCAACGUUAGCAGCCGUACUUGACAAUAAUGAAAGUCGGGAUUUAACACAUUCUAUUCAACAUCGUAAAGCACAUUUUAUCGUUGAAGGUUAUAAUCUUUUAAAAGAUACAGCCGAGGAAGCUGCUUCACACCUUAAGCCUUUGAACCGAGCCAAAAUAUUUGUUAAAUUUGCAAAGUUCUGUGAUUAUUACUUGCGGAAUUUAGAAUCGACCGAUGGGGACCAAAAAAGAGCUUCUUUUGAUAGUGAAUUGUACGCAUCUACAGUCGUCCAAUAUGUUUUAAAAGCAAUGGAAGAAUGUUCGAAGGAUGCAUCUGAAUUAUUUCCGAGAUUGCUUCAGAUAAUUAUUAUAUAUGAUAAUACACAAUCAACUUUUAAGCAAAUGGUAUCGUCGUUUAGCCCUGUAUGGAAAUUUAUUCGUUGGAUUCCUCAGAUUGUUGCCAUUUUAGACAAACCGAUUGCACACUGCGUUUUUCCAAUAUUGUACAAUCUUGCAGAGCAAUAUCCAAAAAGUCUUUACUAUCCAUUAAAAAUUAGCAGUGAACAUUACAAUUUUGAUGAAAAAUCCAAAGAGUCGGAAAUUAACAAGUCAAGAGUUCAAAACCUUAACCAAUUGAUAAAAUGUGAAAUAACAGAUACUUUGAUUGCUGAAUUGCAAAGACUUACUGAUUCAGAAGUUCAUUUUGGGAAUUGGAUCCAGACAGUUUUUACUACAGAAACUGACCAAUAUGAAGAAAUUAAAAAUUCUUUUCAAAAAAUGAGGACUUUUCUCUUGGAUAUUCAGAAUCCUCAUUAUGGGCUCCUUUUAUUACCUAAAGAAUUUGCAAACCGGCACGCUGAACAUUUGAUAAAAUCCUGUGGAAGAGAUGGAUCUAAAUUAGCAAGGUUUCCUCAGUCAGAAUUUCGAGAAAAAGUUUGGGACUAUUAUAUGAAAAAUAUAAAGCGUGGUGGUGAAAAGAAAUCGCCAUCUGUUGCAAAUCUACUUAAAUCGUAUUCUAAAUGGCUUGCAGACUUUUCUUCUUCAAACUGUGAUGAAGAAAUUGAAAUACCAGGCCAGUAUGAUGGAUUAAGCAUUCCAGAUCCUAGUCGACACAUAAAGAUUGCUUAUUUUGAUCCCAAAGUUUUGGUCUUGAAUUCUUUAAGGAAACCUAAAAAAAUUGUUAUUAUUGGAACAGAUGGCAAAGAAUAUCCAUUUCUAGUGAAAGGAGGAGAAGAUUUACGAUUAGAUCAAAGAGUUCAGCAAUUAUUCACAGUUAUGAAUGAGUUAAUGCACAAGGAUUUCUUCUGCUCUCAACGUAAAAUCGAAUUGAUUACAUAUAAGGUCGUUCCAAUUACUGGUAGCUUGGGCAUAAUUGAAUGGAUAAAUGAUACUAAACCAUUACGGUCAUUUAUUGAGAAAGAACUUUCCGAUACUUCAGUCAUUGGAAAUACUCAAAAUGAACAUAUGAAUUGGGUGAAUAAAUAUAAUGGAUAUCCUAAUGUUAUGAAAAAAGCUCCCAGGGAUGAUAUUAUUAAACACCUGGCGACUUUACAUAGUAUGAUAAAUAGAGAUCUUUUAAAAACAGCAUUGUAUAAGCUUGCUGCAUCACCUGAAGUUCAUUUAGCAAUCCGUAAUGAAUUUGUUAAAAAUCUAGCGGCAAUUAAUAUUUGUGGUUAUUUAAUUGGAAUUGGUGACCGUCACUUGGAAAAUUAUUUGAUUGACCUUACUAAAGGGUCAUUGAUUUCCAUUGAUUUUGGUCACGCAUUUGGCUCUGCGACUGAAACACUUGAAGUUCCAGAAUUGGUACCAUUCCGGCUUACUAGGCAGUUUGAAAGUAUAAUGGAACCGCUCGGAUCACGAGGCCUUUUGGAGUAUCCAAUGACAAAAAUAAUGCAAUCUAUGCAAGCACACAAAGAUAUAUUGCUUAAUGCAAUGGAGAUCUUUGUUAAAGAGCCACUAUUGGAUUGGCAAACUAGAGCAAGAAAUCAAGCACGACAACAAAAAAAUGCAGGAAGUAGUGAAUUUGAUGAAAGUUCACAAACAUCUGAAUGGUAUCCACGCCAAAAAUUGGACAUUGCUAGACGCAAACUUGAGGGUGAAAAUCCUGUUUAUCUUGUUUGUGAAGAGUUGGCGUUUGGUCAUUCAAAGAAACUAUUUUUUGAGAAUAUUCAAAAAAUCGCUAGAGGAGAUCGGGAACAUAAUAUUAGAGCUCGUGUACCACAAAAAUGUGGCAGUAUUAAAGAACAAGUUGAAUGCUUGAUUGAUUUGGCAAGUGAUCCUGUUGUUCUUGGCAUUAUGUGGGUCGGAUGGUUGGGUUGGUUUUAA